UUCAAAGAUGUCUACUCUCCACUCAUGGAACUAUUCUCGUAUUAAAGUUCAGUGGUAAACGACUAGCAUUAACAAGAAGAAGAGUGUUCGAAAAAGGCGCAACAAUAGUUUGAUAUUUUUCUUUUGUAUUUUAUUUAUUAUUAAAUCGCUAAAAUCCAAACAUGCAAGCCCCAAUUUUAACAGAUACGGAAGCAGAGACCACUCUGGAGCUAGAUGAAUCUAUGAUCAAUCAAGUUUCGCAACAUACAAACGCCACUAAAAGCAUUUUCAAUAUAACUUUAAAUGAUGACCUUGAAGAACAGAAAGAUGAUGAAGUGAAGAGCUAUGAGGAACGUUUGAGAGCAGAAAUCAAAGAGUGGAGUACACUAUGGCGAGAUUCCAUUCAACAACUAAAGGCGUUCAAAUUGAAGUCACAUCCGAUUAUUGACACAUCUAUUUUGUCUAAACAAAAUCGCGAUUAUUUAGAGAAGGCGCCGGAUCUGCAAAAAUUUAUACACGAAUCAAUCGAGUUUCGUCAAAAAGCCUAUAUAUUUAUGGAAAAAGAUUACGCGGAAUUUCAAGAUGUGCUAAAAAAUCUUGUAGAGGUAUGCGAGCACAAUGUUUUAAUAAAAAAAGAAAUUAAAAUUGAGGAAAAUUUGGCAAAUAUAGAGAUUUCAUAAGUUUUAUUUUACCAAAACUAAAUAAUGUAUUUCUCUUUUUAAAAACACUGGUAAGUAUUUUUUUGUUAUUUUCCUAAAUAUAGCAGCCUUUUUACUUUUAUGUAUGUGUACACUUAGUUAUUCCUUACAUCCCGAACCUAAGUAUUUCAUUAAGUCUGUCAGCGAUUCGAAGUCUGUACGGCUGGUGGGUGGCGUGUCUUUCGUAAUUCUGGGUAAACCUUUACCCAU